AUCGACGGCACAUCGUGGGUACAGUCCGAAUAAAAAUUUUAGGCGCGUACAUGUAUGUUGUUAUACUGCCAGAUUCGCGAUGAAUAGCAAAGUUAGAAACAAGGUUCUGAGUCAAAAAAGUCGAUAAAUUAUAGCCUCUGUAUUAGAAUUCAUGCAAAAGGAAGCAACAGAUCGAGUGACUAUUCCUAUAGACAAAGUACAAGAACGUGUCUCUGCCGCAACAGGGGUGAGCCGGUCUUCCAUAAGGCGUGUAAAAAAAGAAGCGCGAAAUAUAAAAGAGCAUGUGGCAGUUUCAUUCCCAAAACCAAAGAGAACAAACAUCAAAACUAAGGUGGCUCUCGAUGGUUUUGACCAAGGGCUGUUACGGAGAACGAUCAUCAACUACCAUAUAACAGAGAAGCGCAUACCUACCUUGCGCUGUAUACACAGAAAAAUACGCGAAGUUGCCAAUUACAAAGGGUGUAAAGAAACACUACGCAAGGAAAUAGACAAACUGGGAUUCAGGUGGAAGAAAUUUGAAUCCAAUAGAAAACUAUUAAUAGAAAAGGCAGAGAUUCGCCAUUUACGGAUUGUUUUUUAAGGAUUAUGGCGAAAUAUAGAAAACAAGGACGCUCAGUAAUAUAUACUGACGAAACGUAUAUACAUUCUUCGCAUACACAUACCAAAAGCUGGGUAGAUAACUCCACAGACGGCAUUAAGAAACCAAUGUCAAAGGGAGAAAGGCUGAUCAUACUCAAUGCUG